UUGUUUUCUUCCUUUAUUUUCUGUAAGGAAUCCCCACAUUUCCCCUGCCAAAGCAGGGGGUGAUUUCUGAAUCUAAUCUUUUAUUCAUUAUUUCUUCCCUCAUUUUAAUUUAUGGAUACAACUCUUGAAAUUCCCAACAUCAUCACCCAAGAUGAUGUUAAACUCGAACUCGAACCCAAACCAGCACCUAUUCUCACAAAAAAGAAGCAUAGUCCAAUGCGUGCUUUUAGAGUUGCACUUCACAUGAUGCGAGGAAAUUCUAAAAAACCAAACAUCAUUUCCACAGAUGAUGAAACUAAGAACAUUUGGAAGAAACUUGUUGGAUCAAUGAGACCGUUACAUCUCCAAAGCAACCAAUCCCCGCGAUUGUCGUCUCCUCAAUCCAAUGGCCGGAAAUUCGAUCAAAUGACGACCACCCUGCCGCCGCCUUCUCCCUCUGAAUCGAGCGGCGGUGGCAGCGUGUUUGUCGAUUUUUCAACCGAGGAGGAGCCUUUCUCGCCUUUUUCACCGUCUCCAUCGAGCAGCCGUUAUGCUUCGGCUGUAGGAUUGAACGAACUCGUGUCGAGUGACGAGGAGAAUGAUAGGCCAGACAUGAUUAAAGAGGAGUGCGAUGAAAAUGGGGACGAGAAGAUUGAUUCUAAAGCUGAAGAUUUUAUUGCUCAAUUUUAUCAUCAAAUGAGAUUGCAACGUUUCAAUAAUGUGGAUCGUGAUUAUCAAGAGCGAAGUGAAAGGUCAUUAGGAUGGUGAUGUUCUUGUUGUGCUAUUGUGUUUGUAUUGAAUCAUAAUCAUAAAUAAUCAUAAUAUCAAAUAAAUAAAUAAAUAAAUAAAUAAAUAACAAGAACAUUACAUUGAUAUUAACUUCUAUAA